UGGAAACUGUGGGCAGCAUAUUUCUUCAGAUUGAGGUCAUUCUGUUUAACUGGGUGUAGCUUCCAAUUAUUUAGAAAUACCUUAAGUUCCAAAUAAAAAAAAAAAAGAAAAUCAUUAGUGCAACCACAUCCUGUAACAAGAAGUGGAUUUGUUUGUCUGCUGAGUGACUUAGUGUUAGAGUCUGGUGUGAUAUCGCCAGUGCAGCAAGAACAAGAAGAAACGUCGUGCCAUAAUGAACAUUUUACUUGCUGUUUUCUUUAUUAGUGGUAUAUUUUGUUCAACUGGAAAACCUUUUGGAUGGAUAACCAGCAAACCCACUGCCACCUUUACCCAAAGCAACUCACAGGCUCAGAUGUCAAUACACUGGAGUACUCGCAGGUCAGGAGACCAACACAACAUUUCUCGGCAGGACAAAGGCAGAUCAUACUCUGCAAAGGAAGUGACUAAAAAUGGAACUAAAUUGUAUAUUCUGAAUGAGACUGAUAUUUCCUUGAUAAAGGGCAAAGUCAGUACUAUGGUGGUGCCAGCACUGUACAGUCUGGUGUUCGCAAUUGGGGUACCAGCCAAUCUGAUUGCUUUGUGGGUCUUACUGUUUAAAGUCAAGAGGCUUCCAUCUACCAUCUUGCUCAUCAACCUGGCCCUGACAGACCUCCUAUUUUUGCUGUUCCUGCCAUUUAAAAUUGUUUAUCAUUUUCUGGGAAGCAUUUGGAUCUUUGGAGAGACCUUAUGCCGAAUUGGGACUGCAUUCUUCUAUGGAAACAUGUAUGGUUCGGUCCUGUGCCUCAUGUUUAUUAGCAUUGACAGAUAUUUGGCUCUCAUCCAUCCAUUUGCUGCAAAAAGAUUACGAAGUAAAGGCCUGGCUCUGUUCUUCAAUAUUCUUGUUUGGGUCAUUGUGCUCAGCUCAAUGUCAUUGUUUACAUUCACUCAGCAAACCUACAACUUUACUAACACCGACAUCGUCACCUGCCAUGAUUUCAUUCCCAAAGAGAAGCAAAACACAAUGUUCCUUUACUACUUCAUGGCUCUUGUGUGUCUGGAAUUUCUCCUUCCAUUUGCUGUCAUUGUAUUUUGCUGUUUCAGAAUUGUGAGGUGCCUGAUGAAGAGUCAGGAUGACCACACUCGUGCUUUGAAGAUCACAGUCUUGGUGGUGGUGGUUUUUGCAGUGUGCUUUUUGCCCAGCAAUAUUGUUUUACUUCUCCUGUAUUCGAGAUUCAGUAACUUAUACUUUGAAUACAUUGUCUGCCUAGUUUUGAGUAGUUUUAACAGCUGUAUUGACCCGUUUAUUUAUUAUUAUGUUUCAGAAGAUUUCAGGUCUAAAAUAUGUUUAUCAUUUACAUGGACGGUCAAAAACCAAAAAUCAGACAGCUCAACGAGAUUCCUGAAAGGAGAAACACUUUCUUCGACAAAAAAAAACUCAAUAGGCUAUCUCUAAGGAUGAU